UGCCUCAAUUUAAGCAUUCCAAUAGCAAAGGCCCUAUCAUGGGGGAUCGGUAUAUAUCUCAAAUUUCGGCCGCCGCCGCUGAGCUCACCUUGGGUCAAGGCCAUACCUUGACGAUGGCUUCACACCAAGAUGAGGUACUCGGCAAGAUAUUGGCGAUCGAGAAAUCUCUGGGCAAGAUAUCGGAGAUGGAGAAAACUCUGGGCCAACUGUUGGAUUGGUUUAAAUCAAUAACGCAGGAGCUUCGCUUACUACGGCCCGGUCCACCCAUAACAACGAGGCCGCUACCUUGCACGGUGAUUGAAAACUACAAUCCCAACCAAGAGGAGGCCUAUGUUCUUUACCCAAGGUUACAGGAGCAGCCAAAACAAGAAGAAAUAACCGCCAGGAAGCUGGAGAUAGAAGCCAUGCAGCAUGAUGAAGCCACUGAUGUCCCAAUCAGUUAUUAUUAGGAAUUGUGAAAUAUGAAAUUCAAAGCCUUCAACAGCCACAACCUAGAAGAAAAAGUUUCCUACAACUUAGUUUAGGUCAUUUUAUUUUGUCUUUGUUGACUUGCGCUUAUUGUAACUUUAUAUUUUUUUAAAUAUAAUUUUGGCUUGAUUCU